UACUAUUGAGCAAGGAAAAAGCGAGAGAGAGAGGUUGAGUUAGUAAAUGCAGUUUGCAGUCGAGUGUCAUGGAAUCACACUGGUAGCAGGGAUAAAGAAAACCUUUAAUUAACCAUUGAAUUAAGGAGAAAAAGAGAAUAUACACUACAGAGAGAAAAGAGAAGAGAGUCUGGUCUUUCAUCCUCUUAUCUGGGCAUCAGACGGAGGAGAGGAGAGGAAUCCAGAGAGAGGGGGAACGGAUGAUAACAUGGUGCUCAUUCCUGUUUAACACCAUACAGCCAGGAACAGACUGCAUCUGCAACAUACGGCCAGCGUCGUCAUUGGGACUGCUGCGUUACAUUCGGAUUGUGUAAAUGUGCCAGUGUGUGUGUAUCUAUGAGCUGAUAAUAGCAACCCUAUUGGUAUUCUGAGGAGGGGGCUCCAGGAUCUCUCUCUGCUCCUACCCAGGAUGGCAUCACAGAGACGGGAUUGUGCUCGCCUGUGGAGAGGCCACUGGAAUGGGGCUGAAACCUAGUGGAAUGAUCUCUACCUUUCUGAAUCCUUUCCUUGUCAGUCAGGAGUCACAGUUCCCACCAUGGGGAAUAAAGACAAACUGCUAGCAUCCAGCACCCCAAUACUGACCACAUCUCUACCCCUGCAGAGUGACCCCCCCACAAGGAGCCCAACCACCAGUGCUACAAUUGUUCCAGUGAGAGAUGUGUACAAUGCACUCUUCUGAUUACAACCGCAUCCAAUGGGAUUUAAUGAAACCUAGAGGUUUGGGGUGUUGAUGCCAGCGCCACAGCUUGUAGAGGAUCUUGAACUUCGGGGGACGUGUCUCUUUGGAAGGGAAUACUCAACUGUGACUCUCCUCCAGAAAACUACAUGAGAUUGUGGUACAUGUGUGGAUUUAUCGGCUGUACAUCCUGUCUAGAUUAUGGGACAUUACUCUGUUCACUUCAAAGUUCUGCGUCUGUUCCAGGCCGGUUCCUCAGCAGAACCAAGUAGUUGACAUUCCCCCCUUGGGAAUCCGCCUUCUGAUUUGUUUGGGGGCUUAUUUUUUAAAGGAACAAUUUCCCCUCCACUUUCCCUUUUUCUGGUCUUCCUCCUUUCCCCCACCUCUUCAUCCAGUGAGGAGGAAUAUAUUAUGAAACAAGUCUAUUCUUCCUGAUCCUCCCUUGGUGACAGAGAGAAAAGAGGGACAAACUGCCCUGAAUAGAUAACGAGGAAGGAGAGAGAGAACGGAGAAGAGAAGGAGAUAGGGAAACACAGAGAGAGAGAGAGAGAGAGAGAGAGAGAGAGAGAGAGAGAGAGAGAGAGAGAGAGAGAGAGAGAGAGAGAGAGAGAGAGAGAGAGAGAGAGAGAGAGAGAGAGAGAGAGAGAGAGAGAGAGAGAAUUAACUGAGAUUUGUCAGAAACCUUCCAGAGACUUCCUGCCCCAGCCUAAUUUAGUCUGUCUGUCUCUUAGUUCCGCUGGAAACUGAUUGGUUGGUCGCCUGGUUGCAGAGAAAGAGGCAGAAUUCUGACCGGGGGGUAGCUGAGCACUAGAGGAGGGUAAAAGGUCCCACUGUACACCCCUGGACCGGAACUGGAUUGCUCUUAAACAGACAGACAGACAGUAAACUGGGAGGCAUUAUAAACAAGCAUUACAAACAGACAGUCGUCAUUGUCAUUCCAGACUGUGUGUGUGUGUGUGAGAGAGAGAGAGAGAGAGAGAGAGAGAGAGAGAGAGAGAGAGAGAGAGAGAGAGAGAGAGAGAGAGAGAGAGAGAGAGAGAGAGAGAGAGAGAGAGAGAGAGAAAGAGUGAGAAAGAGUGAGAUAGGGGUAGAGAAGAGAGAAGCAGUCAGUCCUGUGUUGGGUUUGGUGCUGCCUGUCUGCCUGACGGGGACUGAGAGCGAGCGACGCAGCAAUUAGAGGAUCUGACUGCAUCCCCCUCAGCCUCAGCCUCCACUGGCAAGACUAGACAGAAACAAACAAACAAACAAACAAGUAGGGGGACUGCUACUAGAAGGGAAGGACAGGUUAGAUAGAGGUAGUGACAGCAAGAGUGAGAGAGAGGGAAGGAAAGAGAAAAGUAGACAGUGAAAAGGAGAGGGAUAGAGAACAGGUGUCUGAAAUCCUCUCCCUCUGCUUGUAAUUCUCUCUUCUGUUUCCCCUCUUCUUCUGGGAGAGGUAUUGGAUUUAGACAGCGGUACUCGGAGCCGUCGAGGCCUUCUGCCAGGGAAGGAAACGAGGGAAGGAGAGAGAGAAAGGGAAGGAGGGGGGCCCGUUUGGAUUGAAACAGACUCAUUUUUUCAACCCUCGUGUUUUAUUUGACGAAGAGGCUCCUUCCACGCCUAUAGCUCUACUGAGGAGAGGGGGAGAGAUAAAGACAGGGAAGAAGACAGCACAACACCUUUUCUUUUCCUCCUUCUGUCUUUUACGCUCUACUUUUGUUGAGGGUGUCUGAAGAUUUUUUUCUAUCCUCAUUUGUUGCUUUUUCUCCUCACCUCCAAAAGGAAUAUUGUUGCCCAGCUAUCACAGUCCAAGUACCGGAAUCUUCCGUCUUGUCCUCUCUCUCUCAGCCCCCCACCCCUACACGGAGACAAUCCGGAACGCUGUGGCAGCCCCACAAGUCCCCCCCCCCCAACAGUGGAUUCUAUCUCCAUGCCUGUCGAGGGCUGUGCUGACUGGCUACUACACACAUAUAUGGUACACCGCUUCUGAUAUCGUCUGACUCAUUCUGCCUUGGAGACAGAUGGAAAGGUGGCGAGCAGGCAGCCAGCAGACCGUUCUCCAUGAGGAGCAGUAGAAGAUGCCGGCUCUGCCAGCGCUGCUGCUGUCGAUACACUUCUCCUCCUUCCUGCUAGUUACCAUGGCACCACGCUCCGGAAGCCAGGCCGCCCUGCUCUCCUCCGUCCGGAUGGCUGCGAUCCUGGAUGACCAGUCAGUGUGUGGGCGUGGGGAGCGGCUGGCUCUGGCCCUGGCCAGGGAGAACAUCAACAGUGUGAUGGAGGGAGGGGCUAGAGCCCGUGUGGAGGUGGACAUAUUCGAACUGCAGAGGGACUCCCAGUAUGAGACCACUGACACCAUGUGCCAGAUUCUACCUAAAGGAGUGGUGUCUGUGAUAGGCCCUGCCAACAGCCCUGCUUCUGGCUCGACUGUCAGUCAUAUAUGCGGAGAGAAGGAGAUCCCUCAUGUAAAGAUAGGUCCAGAGGAGACUCCCAGGUUGCCCUACCUACGUUUUGCCUCGGUCAGUCUGUACCCUAGCAACGAGGACAUGAGCCUGGCCGUGGCAGCCAUCCUGCGAUCCUUCAGCUACCCCUCAGCCAGCCUGGUCUGCUCCAAGGCCGAGUGCCUUCUGCGAUUGGAGGAGCUAGUGCGGCGCUUCCUGAUCUCCAGGGAGACGCUGUCAAUCAGGAUGCUGGAUGACAGCCUGGAUCCCACCCCUCUGCUGAAGGAGAUACGAGACGACAAGGUGGCCACCAUCAUCAUCGACGCCAACGCCUCCAUCUCCUACCUCAUCCUCAAAAAGGCGUCAGAGUUGGGGAUGACAUCAGCGUUUUACAAGUACAUCCUCACCACCAUGGACUUCCCCCUGCUGAGGCUGGAUGACAUAGUCAAUGACCAGUCCAACAUCAUAGGGUUCUCCAUGUUCAACACCACCCAUCCAUUCUACCUGGAGUUCAUCAGGAGUCUCAACCUGUCCUGGAGGGAGGGCUGUGAUCUCAUCUACCCCGGGCCUGCGUUGUCGUCAGCGUUGAUGUUUGACGCGGUGCACGUUGUGGUGGGGGCGGUGAGGGAGCUCAACAGGAGUCAGGAGAUUGGAGUCAAACCUCUCAGCUGCACCUCUCCUCAGAUUUGGCAACACGGCACCAGCCUCAUGAACUACCUACGCAUGGUGGAGUAUGAUGGUCUGACAGGCCAUGUGGAGUUCAACAGUAAAGGACAGAGAACCAACUACACACUGAGGAUUCUAGAGAAACACCGCAGGCGUCACAGAGAGAUUGGUAUCUGGUACUCCAACAACACACUGGCUAUGAACGCCACCAGUCUGGACAUCAACGUCUCGGAAACACUGGCCAACAAGACCCUCAUCGUCACCACCAUAUUGGAGAGCCCCUAUGUGAUGCGUAAGGGGAACUACCAGGAGUACCAGAGGAAUGACCAGUAUGAGGGCUUCUGUGUGGACAUGUUGAGAGAGCUGGCAGACAUCUUGAAGUGCUCCUUCAGGAUUAAACUGGUGGAUGAUGGGCUGUAUGGAGCGCCUGAACCCAACGGGUCCUGGACUGGCAUGGUGGGAGAGCUCAUCAACAGGAAAGCAGACUUGGCAGUAGCAGGCUUUACCAUCACCUCUGAGAGGGAGAAAGUCAUAGACUUCUCCAAGCCCUUCAUGACACUAGGAAUCAGCAUCUUGUACAGAGUCCACCUGGGGAGGAAGCCGGGGUAUUUCUCCUUCCUGGACCCCUUCUCUCCGGCUGUUUGGCUCUUCAUGCUGCUCGCCUACCUGGCUGUCAGCUGUGUGCUCUUCCUGGCUGCAAGGUUAAGUCCCUAUGAGUGGUACAACCCCCACCCAUGUCUGCAGGGGCACAAGGACAUGCUGGAGAACCAGUACACACUAGGAAACAGCCUGUGGUUCCCUGUAGGAGGCUUCAUGCAGCAGGGCUCUGAGAUCAUGCCCCGUGCCCUGUCCACACGCUGCGUCUCAGGGGUCUGGUGGAUGUUUACUCUGAUCAUCAUCUCCUCCUACACGGCCAACCUGGCAGCCUUCCUGACCGUCCAGAGGAUGGAGGUGCCCAUCGAGUCUCCUGACGACCUGGCCGACCAGACCAACAUCGAGUAUGGCACUAUCCACGGGGGGAGCACCAUGACUUUCUUCAUGAACUCGCGCUACCAGACAUACCAGCGCAUGUGGAACUACAUGCACUCCAAGCAGCCCAGUGUGUUUGUGAAGAGCACGGAGGAGGGCAUUGCCCGCGUGGUCAACUCUAAAUAUGCCUUCCUCCUGGAGAGCACCAUGAAUGAGUAUUACCGCAAACUCAACUGUAAUCUCACCCAGAUUGGUGGUCUGCUGGACACCAAGGGCUACGGCAUCGGCAUGCCACUGGGCUCUCCGUUCAGAGAGGAGAUCACUAUGGCCAUCCUGCACCUGCAGGAGAACAACAGGCUGGAGAUCCUGAAGAGGAGGUGGUGGGAGGGAGGACAGUGCCCUAAAGAGGAGGAUCACAGAGCCAAGGGUCUGGGCAUGGAGAACAUUGGGGGUAUCUUCGUGGUGUUGAUCUGUGGCCUCAUCAUCGCUGUGUUCGUGGCCAUCAUGGAGUUUGUGUGGUCGACGCGCUGCUCUUCAGAGACAGACGAGGUACGCCCUCACUCCUGCCCUCGCCGACACCACAGACCCACCCCAGUGUCUGUCUGUCAGGAGAUGAUCACAGAGUUCCGAAACGCCGUCUCCUGUAAGAAGAGUUCCCGUUCCCGUCGUCGCCGCCCCCUGGGCAAAUCCGCGGCCCUCCGCCACCCCACCCGCAUCGCCCUGGGGACCCAGCGGCCACUCCGCCUCGUACGGGAGAUGCGCCUCAGCAACGGCAAGCUCUACAGUGGCUCGGGACCCCUGACUGGGGGAGCAGGGGGGCCAGGAGCGGGUGUAGGGGCUGGGGGAGGUCCCUCAGACAUGGGCCCUGGGCCUCAGCGACUCCUGGAGGACCCUCUGGGGGCAAACACCACCCCUCCUCACCCGCCCCAGCCACAGGUCCCCGUGGUGCUCCCUCGCAGCUGCACACACGUCAGGAUCUGCCAGGAGUGCAGGAGGAUCCAGAGCCUGAGGUCAGGGAUGGGGUCCACAAGGAUCCCCCCCUCAUCUGCACCCUUGCCACGCCUGCCCCCUCCUCCUCCCCCCUCCUCCUCCAACACAGACAGCGAGGGGGGAAGGGGGUCCAGCCCCCGGCGGCUCCCCCACAGCACCCCUGCACCCUGUCUACCCAUACCACCCCCACAGAGCAGCACCGACACAGACCUUCUGGGGAAGCAGGACUAAGACUGACGAUCUAGGAGGGCUUGGAGGGUAUAUGGGGGCAAGUUAAUGGUGACUUAACUGAUCUUUUGAGCUGCUCAGUGACACUAUUCUCUGACCCUCUGUACAUUGGCCUCCAGGAGGGAACUACAGGGAGAGAAGGAGGGAGAAAGAGAGAGAGAGAAUUAGAAGGCUCAAAGACGUUGUGAGAUGUGUGAUGAAGCAAUGGAAAGGAUAUAUUUGCACAGAUACCAAAAGACACACCCAUACAGAAGGAGAGAGAAGGAGAGACUUCCUUUGCUCUCCAGUGCGCUGCCCAGCUGGGUCUGAUGUUAGCCCAGUCUGUUCACACAACCAUGCUUUGCUGUGUUCUGGCUUUGUGGUUUACUUGAAGAUGGCUGCUCGGUUCUUAUCUUGACUUACCAGUGGACCAAUCAGGACUGAGCUACACUGGAUAAAGUAGUCUGGUAACUCAUAAUUUGAUGCCAGACCUACUGGUUUCUCUGUUGGUCUCUCACUGUUCUCCCCGCUCUCUCUCUCCAUCUCUCUAUCUUUCCCUUUCCAUGGUACCACAGACUCACCUAGAGCGUCCAGCUCUUCCUCUCUGGACAGUGACCACUGAAGGAGGAGUCCACAUCGAUCCUGGAGGACCUUUAAUCUAUAGAACAUACAACAACAGAAGACUUUAAAACUGACUCAGAGAAUUAUAUGAUUUUCCAGAUUUUUUUGUUGUUGUCUUUGUCGUUUGGUUACCAUUGUUCUAAGUGGAAGUUAAAGAAAAAUAAAGACUAUAUAUGUGACUAAUGUGGUGGAUCACGACACACUAUGAAGACAACACUCCCCUGAGGUUUACUGUGUGGAGUAGGUGUUUUGUUCCUCUGGGGACCCCGUAGCUGCUUUUGAAACGACUUUGAAAAAAGCAGAUUUGGCUGGAAAUUAGUUGUAACAAAGUCAGAUAUGCAUAAUAUAGUGUGUGUGUGUGUGCGUGUGUGCACGUGGGCAGAGGUCUGUCCUUACAGCAAGUGAGAGGAACAAAUGAUCAUACCAAGUAUAUGAUAAUCAGAGGCUUUGCAAUGUGAAAUGACUUCUUAUCCUGGAGAAUACUUGCCAAGCCUUUUCUCCUCUUUACCUCUGUUCAUAGCACAGAGAGAGAGGAAGAGAGGAUAGAGAGAAAAAUGAGAGAGCGAUGGAGAAAGAUAGAGGAGUAAGAGAAAAAAUAGGAAUGCAACAAUAAAGGAGGACUGUAUUAGAAUGAUAAAUCCCUAAUUGAACUACUUCCAUAAUGAGAUUUUUCCUGAUCUGGUAAUUCUGGGCAGCAUCUUGCUGGGGGCUUGGCUCUGCUGCCCGGAGGCUGGGACUAAAGCUUCCCUGCUCUACAUCACGUUGAACUGGCUGUUUGCAGCACAGACGCCUGCCAGAGCUCCACACAGAGCUCCGCACCACCCUGAGCCCUCUCAUUACAGCUUGUGGAGCUUUAGAUCUGGUAAUUAUUCCCCUUAAAUAACUAAUAGCCACACAAUGACUACGGAGGAGACUGAGGUCAUGGUUUAAUGUUCUAAAAGUAUGAUGGGGAAUAAUGUUACAGGGUUCAAGACUUUCUGAGGCUUUCUGCUGCCUCUCUCACACAUACACCACAGAUCAUCAUACACACACACUGACAGACAUAACCAUGUAACCUAAGAAAUACAUCAUUAUUUCUGUGUUCUUCUCUUGGACCCUCAUCAGUGAGCCAGACACACACAUCUGCAUAGGUCACCACUCUAGUCUCAACUCAAUGCAGUGAAACCAUUGGAUGGCCAUUCAUUGGCCUCCUUUCCUCAUCUCCUUUCCUACAUAACAAUUGAUCUUACAGGGAUAGACAGGUGAAAGCACUGGUGCAUCUCUAACCGGUCCUUUCAACUAUCAGUGGUGAAGAGGGAAAGGAGAUAAGAAAAGGAAGACCUUUGAGUGUUGGGACGCAUAACAAUGUC